UCGAGUACCGUUGCGCAUCUGCCGAGGCGUGUUGUGGUGGGAAUUCCUCUCCGCCAAGAUGUUACCCCAGAUUUCCCCGCACCGCAGAUCGGCAUGGGCACACAAAAUACUUGUACCGACUGGCGAUGCCUCCGGUACAACGUCGGGAAUGAUGCAGCUGCACCACGUAAGCGUGCUUGACCAGACAGUUUCGCGACUCAUUGCACCGAAACUUUUGGAUCUGAGCUAGAUUUUGUCACGUUCUAUAACGUCAGAAGAUGGAUAAAAGCUAGAUAAUGGCGGAAUCUGGAGGCAUCCAAGUGCAGUUCAGCAUCAUUCCAUCGACGGACGACAACAUGUCUGUGUCAAUAUCUUCAGUUUCGUUUGAACACCACUAUCACGCUUUCGGCAUUGCUGAGGCUUCACCCCGUAUCUCUUGGAAAUUCGAAGGCGCCGCCGUCAAUUGGGAACAGACCAGCUACGAAAUCGAGAUAACGCGUGAAGGCGUUCCGCGGAUUUUCAAUGCCAAUUCUUCAGAAUCGACACUUGUCUCUUGGCCAGAUGAACCUCUUUCGAGCUCAGAGUCAGCGACAGUCAGAGCUCGAGCUUAUGGCAGUGGAGCCGCCACUGAUUGGUCAGAUGUUGUAUCUGUAGAGGCUGCUCUUCUAGAUGGAAACUGGGCUGGUGCGAUUCCUAUCGCUGCUGACAGGGAGACUGAGGUCAAUGCCACCCACAAACCGGUUCUUUUUCGAAAAACAUUCGGUGUCAACUCCACUAUCACGUCUGCACGACUAUACAUCACAGGUCUCGGUAUCUAUGAGGCUGAGAUCAAUGGCCAGCGAGUCGGCGAUCACGUCCUUUCGCCCGGAUAUAUGUCGUACCAGUUCAGGCACACUUAUCAAACCUAUGAUGUCACCGAUCUCUUAAACAGUGGAGAUAAUGCCAUUGGUGUUACUGUCGCAGAAGGCUGGUGGUCAGGACGCUUUGGCUUCCAGCAACAAGGGAACAUAUACGGCGACACCAUUGGUCUCCUCGCACUACUGUCUAUCACUAAUCAAGGUGGUACCAAGCAAAUAGUGAAGACUGAUCUGUCAUGGCAUGCUAGUGCUGACGGUCCAACCGUCUCAGCACAGCUAUAUGAUGGCGAAGUCUACGACUCAAGACUUGAAAUUGACAAUUGGUCCGGACCAACGUUCGACGACAGUGAGUGGCUGGGUGUGAAGCAGCUUCCGGCGUUGAAAGGGAUGCUUACUCCACCGGACGGCCCUCCUAUGCGCGAAAUACAGACGAUCAACCCCCAAAGAGUGUUCUACUCUCCUAGCGGAAAGACCUUGAUUGACUUCGGUCAAAACCUUGUUGGUUGGUUACGAUUCAAUGUACAAGGGCCUUCUGGCACCAACAUUACGAUUCGGCAUGCAGAAGUCCUGGACGAAGGCGAAAUUGGUGUGAGGCCUCUUCGCUCAGCCAAGGCUAUCGACACCUUUAUCCUGAACGGAAAAGAUAACCAAACUUGGAGCCCAUCCUUCACAUAUCAUGGAUUCCGCUUCAUUGAGGUCAAUGGUUGGCCGAAUUCGACGGCAUUGGACGCUGAACACAUCACAGCUGUGGUUGUUCACAGUGACAUGGAGCGUACAGGUUACUUCGAGUGCUCUGACGAGCUCCUGAACCGAUUUCAUGAGAACGUUAUUUGGAGCAUGCUUGGCAAUUUUCUCAGUGUGCCUACUGAUUGCCCACAACGUGACGAACGCCUAGGCUGGACUGGAGACGCGCAUGCAUUCAUGCCAACUUCGAAUUACCUUUACGAUGCUUCUGGUUUCUGGCGAAGUUGGCUCAAGGAUCUGUGGUCAGAGAGCAGUACGGGCGGACUCAACUGGGUUCCGCAUUUUGUGCCCACGCUCGACCCCGACUUCGAGAAUAAUGGCAGCAACCCAUUCAGGAGACCGACUGCCAUCUGGGGAGACGUUAUUGUAGGCAACCCCUGGGCUCUUUACCAAACAACUGGAGACAAGCGUAUGCUUGAAGAGCAAUACAUUGGCGCACGUGCUUGGAUCGACUCUGGCAUUCCACGCAACGAAGCCGGUCUUUGGAAUAGAAGCACCUUCCAAUACGCAGACUGGCUAGACCCGCUCUCACCACCUGAAAACCCUAGCAACGCGACUACCUCCAAGCACCUGGUGGCAGAUGCGUACCUAAUUCAGAUGACGCGAUUGCUCUCCUACAUCAGCAGUGCACUUGAUAAGACCCAGGAGGCAGUCAAGUACUCAUCAGACCGCGAGAAGUUGAUAUCUGCGUUUUACGAUGCCUGGAUUGAGCCCUAUGCAGAUACCGGCAUCAUUGCCAACGUAACCCAAACCGCACUCACCCUCGGUAUCCGCUUCGACAUCUUCGACGAUGCGAGGCGCCCGGAAGCCGCCUCAACACUGAAUUCCAUCAUCGCAAACAACUCCUUCCUGGUAGGUACCGGGUUCGCAGGUACGCAGCAGCUCGGCUUCGCCCUGUCCAGCAUCAACAGCACCUCCACCUUCUACAAAAUGCUUCUCCAGACCCAAGUACCCUCCUGGCUCUACCAAGUCGUCAUGAACGGUACAACGACCUGGGAGCGCUGGGAUUCCAUGUUGCCUAAUGGCAGUAUCAAUCCUGGUGAAAUGACUAGUUUCAACCACUACGCGUUCGGCAGUGUGGCAGACUGGAUGCAUCAAAAGAUUGGAGGACUAGCGCCAGGCGAGCCGGGUUGGAAGACCACGCUUAUGGCACCGGAGCCGGGAGGCAACAUUACGAGCGCGAAUGCGACAUAUUUGAGCCCGUACGGGGUGGUCAGAAGCACAUGGAAUGUCACGGAUGCUGGGUUCAAGUUGGAGGUGCAGAUCCCGCCUAAUGCGAGGGCAGAUAUUGUGCUACCCGAUGAGAGGAAGGAAACAGUCAACGUGGGAAGUGGUUCAGUUACAUGA